AUGACCGUUAUGAAACUUAUCUCUUGUCCGGCUGGGGGUGAUGCAUACAGCAUUCCCUCGCCACCCAUUACCAUCACUCAACCCCCACAAAACGAGAAAUGCCACUCUAUUGCUGAGAUCUACCAGCCCAUCGAUGUGGAUCACGAUCCAGCCACUCCGAAGCAACACACUGAUAUCGACAGCGAAACCUCCACUCCUACUGAUUCAAUUAUCAUGGAGUCUGAUACUGAAACUCCGCACCAGUCCACCGACACAGAGGCCAACAUUCCAACCACUGCUCUUGUUGUUGAUGAGGAUUCCCCUGGGUCUUCUCCUCUGCAGCUCAGCGAGACCAGUGACGAGGCCCCUGUCACCAACCCUCCUGGCAAUGUGGAGCCUGAUGCAGCCACCCAGAAGCAAGACCACAAGCUUCACAACGAGACAACCAAUACUACAAACUCGGACUUCAGCCAAGAGGGGCUUGAGUGGUCACCAGCCGGCUUUUGCGGAAGUCUCGUACCCAAGUGGACCAGAGAGCCUGACAUGGAAGCCAUCAAACAGACAGUGCAGUAUCUCUACCCAGCAAGCACAGUCAAGAUUGAAUUUCUUGGCCAAGGAGCAUUUAACAAAAUCUACACUGCCACCGUUGAUGGAAAGGAGUUUGUCAUGAAAGUCGCAUUGCCCGUGGACCCGUGGUACAAAACCGAGAGUGAAGUCGCAACUAUGAGAUUUGUCCGCAAAACCACAAACCUUCCAGUCCCGGAAGUCUUCGCCUAUCAGUCAUCCCGGGACAAUCCCAUUCGUUUUGAGUGGAUCUUAAUGGAAAAGAUGCCAGGGAAGCCUUGUCGUGAAGUUUGGAGAGAUCUUCCGUGGGAAGCGAAGGAGCGCAUGGUCCGUCAACUUGCACAAGCCCAGGCCGCCCUGUUUCAACACAAAUUCGAGGGAAUCGGAAGCUUAUAUGAGCCUUCUUGGAGUUGCGAUACUAUCCCCACUCCAGGGCGUCCAUCCCCUCAAGUUCCAAUCAAAGAUAACAACACCCUCAACUCAUUGCAGUACAGCACAGAUGGUGCUUCAGACUGGCCCAGCGAUGGUCCUUCGAAGCGUUCUUUGAGUGGCGUGGAUCGGAUUGUUUCCAUUCCAUUCUUCUGGGGCCCUCAUCUCCAGCAACAAAUUCCUCGAGGUCCAUUUGACUCAAGUCAGCACUGGAUCACUGCUCGCCUGGCGAUCAUCCGAAAUGAGUUCGAACCAGUAGUCAAGCGACUUUCAGUUGGUGAGCUUAGUCGACUCGAGGAAUGCGACAAGAUAGACGGCGAAAACACUUUGAAGAGGAUGGAAAAGCUCGGUACCCUGCUUCCUCGCAUGCAGCAGAUGCAGGAUGAUUCCCGGCCGUCGGUCAUUUUCCACGACGAUCUCUCACGGAACAACAUUCUCGUUGGCGACGGAGGGGAGAUGACUGGUGUCAUUGAUUGGGAAUUCGUUUCCUUGGUGCCUUCAUGGAGGGUUUGUGAUUAUCCUGAAUUCUUGAGGCUCAAAAGUUCCCCACGAUUCUCGAAGCCCGAUCCAGCGACCUAUUCUCCUGAAGCUGAUGGGAGUCUGUCUGAGAUGUACUUUGAAGACUUGGAUGAGUAUGAGACGACCGUCCUCCGCAAAUUAUUCAUGGAAGAGAUGAAUCGAGUGGCCAAGCCGUGGGUGGAUCUUUUCGAUCAGGCGCAGACUUUGAAAGACUUUGAUCUUGCGGUGACACACUGUGACGACGUGUUCGGCCUGAGUGCUAUUGAAUCCUGGAUUACAGAUCUCGGCGAUGGCAAGGCUAAUUUGCAGAGCCUCCAAGAAAGAUGGUGGGCGAGUUACAUGUGA